GUUGAGAAGACGUGCCAUCCGUGCCUUGUGUGAUCCGAACAGCGAAAUCCAUAAUAUUUUUCUGUUGGGGUCGUACAAGGAAAGGACUGCACGCAACACAACAACCGCCAGCAUCGAGAUAUCAACAUGCAGAUCAUCAGAGUAUCGAGAACUACAUUGGACGCUGGGUUGAUAACGCCGUCAAGGCAUCGAACGAUUACAAGGAUAUCAAGAGCAAUGUGAUGAGCCAGGCGAGCCGCUUUGGAUUCCAAGCGCAUCUAGCGGCGCCGGCAUUUAAGACCUACCUGGAUUCUUUGUGGCCUAAUACAGGAAGGCUUGAGGAACUACGACAGGAGCAUUUGCUGCGUACGGGUCACGGAAAGAAGCGCCAGGAGCAGACGGCGAAGAGCAAUCGCGUGCAUAAGCAGAAAGAGGUCCAGAUCGAGCUGUCCGCCAGUCGCCUGACGAGAACUGCCCUGCUACAGUCUCUUCAGAAAGGCCUAAUUGAUGAGAAUUUGCUGAAGGCCUCACUGCGGGCCUCGGACUCUGGCACAAUGGACGAGACCAGGGCUCGGCGCAGGCCAACGCCCGAGGCGCCGCUCGACGAGGAACGGCCGCCCACCCUUAGCGGAACCGCCAGUCGUGACAGUCAACACAGCAAUGAUAGCGUAGAUUCCUCGGCCUAUACUCCAGAUGGGCAGCCAGAGAAGCGCAAGAGACGAAGGACUAUGACGGUGAACGAGUCGGCAUUGCAAAUACUGAACGAAGCAUUGACCACUACGGAGCGAAAAGCGCGCCUUUUUGCGGCAAACAAUUGCGGAGUUUUCAAUCGACGCGAUCGAAAGGGGUUCACCGAUGAGCACGGCUGCGAACGAUAUGAUACUACAGACCUCCAAUGCCUAUGCAACUUAUUCUUAGACUAUGAAUAUCAGCUCCCUUGGCAUCGGAACCGUGUUCCUCCAGCAGUGUACACCCCGAAGAACCUCCUCUUCCUCAUGAAGGAUAUCCGCGCCGCCGGGGCCCAUUCCAAAUCAAUCAACCGUCAACGAGCACUGAUGCUAAUCGCCCAGAUGAAAGAGUUUUUGAUGAUGCUGGAUGCCGACGCGGCGGAGAUCGACCAGUUGUGGUCUGAUGCGGAGGCGCUGGACCCGGUGGAAGGAAACUCUCGCGGAGCGCAAAGCCCGCGCGCCCGAUGCCGCAAACUCGAGCCGUUUGCCGACCCGAAUAUCCUGAAAGCCUUUGCCGACGCGGUGGUGGAAAGGUUGAACGAAGAAAGGAAGGAAACGCACGGAGACCUGCCGAAACCAUCCAAAAAGUCGAAACUAGCGAAAGAUUAGUUGCAAUCAGCAAGGCGGACGGAGGCACGGCCAUGCGGGUAAAUAGGAGUAUGUUUUGGGAUUGACGAGAAUGUUUGGAAUGCG